AUGCCUGGAGACGGAUACGACCGCCACAUCACCAUCUUCUCGCCCGAGGGGCGGCUGUACCAGAUCGAAUACGCGUUCCGCGCUGCCAAGGAAUCCACGCUCACGUCUGUGGCCGUACGCGGCAAGGACAGCGCCGUAUUCGUGACCCAAAAGAAAGUGCAGGACAAACUGAUCGAGCCCGACUCGGUCACAAAUGUAUUCCAGAUCACGCCCGAAAUUGGCUGCCUGAUGACAGGCCUCUAUGCUGACUCGAAGGCUCAGGUGCAGCGUUUGCGUUACGAGGCUCACGAGUUCGAGAACAAGUUCGGCUACAAAAUUCCCACGCAUCCAUGCGUGCUUUCGGCGUUAUUACGAUGCUCAUCAGCGUGGACGACGAGAAGGGCCCGCAGCUCUUCAAGAUCGACCCUGCCGGCCACUUCUGGGGCUACAAGGCCACGUCUGCUGGUGUGA